CGUGAGGGGAGCUUCCUUUCUCUGUGCGCCUCUCUUUCCUUUCCCGGCCGCCAUCUUGUUCUCGCCGCGUGUUGGCCGCGGGGGCUCCGCCGCGCUCAGACACAUCACUAUGAACCAAGAAAAACUGGCCAAGCUUCAAGCACAGGUCCGAAUAGGAGGAAAGGGAACAGCUCGCAGAAAGAAGAAGGUGGUGCACAGAACAGCUACAGCUGAUGACAAAAAACUUCAGAGUUCCCUCAAAAAACUGGCAGUAAAUAACAUUGCUGGCAUUGAAGAGGUGAACAUGAUAAAAGACGAUGGAACAGUUAUUCACUUCAACAACCCCAAGGUUCAAGCUUCCCUGUCUGCCAACACUUUUGCAAUUACUGGUCAUGCAGAGGCUAAACCGAUCACAGAAAUGCUUCCGGGCAUCUUAAGCCAGCUUGGUGCUGACAGCUUAACAAGUCUCAGGAAGUUAGCUGAACAAUUCCCAAGACAAGUGUUGGAUAGUAAAGCACCAAAAUCUGAAGAUAUUGAUGAAGAAGAUGAUGAUGUCCCAGAUCUCGUAGAAAAUUUUGAUGAAGCAUCAAAGAAUGAAGCUAACUAAAACAUUAAUAGUUCUGGAAGCUGGCAUGGACUAGAUUUAAGAAAUCAGCUAUGUGGUUCCAAAGUUUAAAGAAACAGAGAACAUCAUCUGUUAAUAGUUCAGUAAUAUAAAUAUUUUGUAUUUUUAUGAUGCUGUUUGUUCAGCAUUUUCUGUCAGUUGAUUUUGCAUUUUGCACUUACUCCCAGGAUCUACUCUUUUGGUCAAAAAAGAAAUGUCAGUGCAUUUUGAGGGGUGUGUGUAUGUGUGUGGGUGUAUGUAUAGUGGAGAACAAAUUGGAGAACGCUUAUUUAACCAUUUCCCCUUUUCCUUUGGAAGUAGAAAUAAAACGAAUCUUCAGCAUUGCUACUUUUGAGUACCACCAGAUAGCGCACAGAAGGUAGUUAAGGUGAACUUUUUGUUCACAUUUUGUGACCUGAAGGCAUUACACCAUUAACACUUGGGGUUAAUUUGCUGUUAACUAUUGUACUUGCAGAUGUUUCUCAGUGUACACAUUUGUUAUCAACCCUGUGUUGAUCCCAAAUGAUACCGAAGAUGAGCUGUUUCAGCGGCUUGUUUGGUACAGUAACUUUUUUAAAACCUGGUCUCAGAAAAGUGUGCUUUUCUUAACCUUCUUCAACUUUUUUUUUUUUUUUUUUUUUUUGGUCUCUAACCUUUUGAUACAAGCUGAUAUUUGACUCUUUCCGCGUAGGCUUAGCAGUGUGUUCUCCUGUUGGUUACUGGAGUAUUUCCCAGUCAAAAGAAAACCAAACAUUUUGGUUCUCUACUCUUGGGUCACUUCCUAAGCUUGGAGGUCUGGUUGGUAACAGUCCAGUGCACCAGUUUUACACAGUAACCGGUUUUUGCUUGAAUAACUUCAAGCUGUUCUCUUGGCAUGAUUGCAUUUACUAGCAGCUGAUGAUCCACUGUCAUUCUUACGGCACUAGGAAUUAAGUGCACUGUGUGAGCAAUGCCUAGGGUGGGAGGAAAGAGUUGUUGACACUUUGCCUUGCUUCCUGCUGGGCAGUUUGUGCAGUGAUUAGCUCUAAAAGGAUUUUUUUUUUUUUUUGCCUGUAACUUACCUUGGCCUAUAACCUACCUCUAGGUUUGGUGUCAUCUAUGUAGUAGCUUCUUACAAAACACAAAUGCUCCUCAGGCACGAGGAGGACAUUGGGAAGUACUGUUGGUACAGUGCAGUAUUUAUGACCUUUCUUUAAAAUGCUUAAUGUGAACCUGUUUUUUCAGAGGCUCUUUCAAGGUUCUUGAUGUAAUGUGCAUUACAGUAUAGUUAGACAUCAUUGUAACCUCUGUCAAGGGCAGCUGUGGCUUAAGAAAGCCAUUCUGUUUUUGUUUUUUUCUACAUCUGUCACUUAACUAUGGCUUAAUUGGAACAUAUCAGCUUUUGAUGUAGGCUCAUACGCUAGAGAACUGUAAUAGUCCAAGCAAACAGUCCAUGAGUUCUGGAGACUUCAUGAAACCACAGAAGUAGAACUGUAGUGGUUUGUCCUCUGAACUCCUCGGUUCGUUUUACAGGCUCCGUUCCGUUUUUCCUGUUAUAUUUUAUAUACUACAUGGAUCUUACUACAAAAUAAAAGUACAAAAGAGGAAAUGCUUCCUCCUGUGUGUUGUCUGCUCCUCCCACCAAGGGCAGGUGGAUGCAGCAGCUGUUUGGAACAGCACUGCAUUCCUUAUGGCAGUGACUGAGGAAGACACAUGCAGGACUGGGGAGGAUUCCGGUAGGGCUUUAGGAUUUCACACUCCCUAUACUCACUCCUGUUUUCCCUGUGGUGAUGAAUGAACCUUUGGUUUGUUGUAUGGCUGAUCAGCUGCAGAUGAUUUGUGUCUAUAAGGAGGAGAUGUCUUCAUUGGUGUGUGCCCAGUAACAUGGAAUUGCCUUCUGCUGCCUCUGUAAGCCCAAGCAGUAAAGGAAGGACAUGAAACAACAGGUAUUUGCAGUGUUCUUCCAUUUGCUUGAGAGGCGUGAGCAAAGACCCUUUCAAAGUAGCAACUGUACUGAGAUGAUGUAUGGGACAUCCCCUUCCUAAAUACUAAUCAGAUACUGAAAAUUCCUGCUCAUUGGUUUCUGAUGUAGGAAGUAUGUCAAAAGUAAUUUUGAGAGAGAUUAAAAGUAAGCCUUGGAAACAAUGAUUCCAUAAGUUUAUAUAGCUGAACUUUCUAAUUCCUCCAAAAUACUCACUUAGUUUUUUGCUCUUGGUCAUGACAAUUUAUGUGUUAAACCCUCAGUUUUUCCUAUGUUGACAACCAGUAAACUAACUAUGCUAGCUUAUGUAGUUCUAUUCAGUUUUUUCACUGUAUCUGGAAACAGUCAACCACUUAAGAUUUGCUGCUGGAAAUACUAGAGCUUAUCAAUCAUUAAACUGAUUUUAAUUAAAAGUAGCCCAUCAAGGCUGUUGUGGGAAAAACUCUUUUUUCUUUGUAUUUAUUCAUGGUAUAACACAAACAGUGCUUGUACAUGCUGAUGGAAAUGCAGGGUUAUUAAAAGUAGUUUCAGGGAGUGUUGGUAAAUAAAAACUCCCCGCACAAAAGUGAA